UAAACAGGCCAAAGCUGCAAUUUUGCAAAAGUUGUGAAGAAAAAACUUCUGCAAAAUUUGUCUUUUCAACAAAGCGGAAUUGGAUAAAAUUAUAUUGAAUCAAAGACAAACUUUUGCAGAAAUUCAUUCACAAAGAUGCCUUCAGGAACAUUGGAUGUAGUUUUGAUCAGUGCUAAAGGUCUUGAAAACACUGAUUAUCUAUGUAACAUGGAUCCAUAUGCUGUCCUAACAUUGCGAACUCAGGAAAAGAAAAGCAGUGUUGCUGCAGGGAAAGGUUCUGACCCAGAAUGGAAUGAAAGCUUUGUCUUUACUGUCUCAGAAGGCGCAUCCGAGCUUGUUAUCAAACUAUUGGAUAGUGAUGCUGGUACUGAGGAUGAUCUUGUUGGAGAAGCAACCAUUCCUCUGGAACCGGUGUUUGAAGGAGGAAGUGUGCCAGAAGCUGUUUACAAUGUGGUGAAGGACCAGGAAUAUUGUGGGGAGAUUAAACUCAGCCUUGUAUUCAGAUCUGAGGAGAGCAGGGGAGUUGGUGAAGAGGAAGAGACUUAUGGAGGCUGGAAUCAGUCUUGAUAGAGAAAGAGUCUGCACAUAUUGUGCAUUGUGCAUUUUCUUCCUGUCCAAAUAGAUUUGAUCGUUUGAUGAUACUGUGUGCAUUUUCUUCCUGUCCAAAUAGAUUUGAUCGUUUGAUGAUACUGUGUGCAUUUUCUUUGGGUUAAAAACUCUAUCUUGUAGUGCUAACUAUCCGAGGAAGAACUUGUUUGAAAAGCGCCUAUUGAUGCUGCUUCUUUACUCCUGAGUUCAUUUAUAAGAAAUGAUUUUAGCAACAAUUGAUAGUC